CACUUCGGUAGCAUUUUUUUUUCAAGAUGCAAUUACGCUAAUUUACUCCUUUUUUUUUAACAGUUUUUGCAUAAACUUUCAGCGGUUUGCAGCAUUUAUACGAAAAUAAUGUAAAUUUGUGUUCAGCUUAGAUAUUGUAGAAUUAUCUAUUCCAAAAUGGAAGGUGUGCCUUCGAUGGAUACGGUGAAAGAAGCUAUCUACACCUUAUACCACAAUCCGGAUUGCAAUGAGAAAAAUAAAGCUAAUCGGUGGUUAAUGGAUUUACAAAAUUCUGUACAUGCUUGGGAAAUAGCUGAUCAAUUACUAUUGCAGAAAAACUGCGAUGUAGACAUGUGUUAUUUCGGUGCCCAAAUGAUCAGAAACAAAAUAAUGUAUUCAUUUCACGAAUUACCUCAAGAUGCAAUCGUUUCCCUGCAUAGUUCCCUUAUGCAGCGUUUAAAUGAAAUCACCGAAGAAACAAAUAAUUUGAUUGUUACCCAGCUAUGUGUGGCAGUAGUUGAUCUGACUUUGCAAAUGAGUUCUUGGAAAAAUCCUAUUUAUACUUUUUUAAACAAAUACGAAGAAAUUCCUCAUAUGGUAUUAUUAGAAAUUUUGAAAGUCUUUCCCGAAGAAAUGGACACCGAAUUGAUAAGAUUAGGAUCAAACAGACGUACUGAAAUAUUCAACGAGCUUUGCGGUUGUUCGAAUCUACUCAACGAUUAUUUGAAAGUUGUAGUGGAAAGAGAUCAGUCUCCGGCUGCGUUAUUAAAAGCUCUUAAAUGUUAUGCUUCUUGGAUGUCCAUCGGAGUGCUGGAAUGUCAUCUUUUACCUAACGCUUUUGAUAUUUUAAGAGUACCACCGGACGAUACGUUCGAAAACGAAUCAAACAUGAAUUCUAAGUUACACGAUGCUGCUUCCGACGUGGUUUGUAAUUUUUUAAAAGGACUGAGAAGUUCUCAUCUCAACCAUAUACUAGAUCGUAAUUUAUUCAAUGAAAUAGCCGCCUUUGAAAAAGCUUACCAUAUUUCUGUCGCCAAAGAAUGUACAGAAAAGUCGAUGAAUUACUGUCGUAUAUUUUGCGAACUAGCAGAUGCAUUUAUUCCCGUUAUGACUGAAGAAACUAAACAAGGAAACCCUCAUUUUUCAAUUAAAACUCUCGAUUUAAUUUUAAUUUGCGUUGGUCACCACGAAUACGAAGUUGGCGAGAUCACGUUUCCAUUUUGGUUCGUGCUUUCGGAAGUAAUUUAUCAGAAAAAUGACGACAAUUUGACGGCUGAAUUUAAACCCUACAUUAAUAGACUAUUGACCGCGUUAUGCAGACAAGUUCAAAUAGAACCCGAUCACGAAGGUUUGCUCGAAGAUAACGACGAAUUCAAGUCGUUCCGCGCAAGAGUCUCCGAACUGGUCAAAGAUGUGAUAUUCAUCGUUGGUUCAACGCACACGUUCCGGCAGAUGUUCCAUUCGAUGCAGAGUUCACCGAAUCUAACGUGGGAUCAAAUCGAAGCUAAUUUGUUCAUUAUGCAAGCGGUGGCCAAAAACAUUCUUCCCGAUGAAAGCGAAGUUGUACCGCAGGCGGUCACUACUAUUUUUCAGCUUCCAGAAUCAACUCAUAUCGCUGUACGAUACACAGCUGUUCUGAUACUCGGCGAAUUAUGCGAGUGGUUUGAUAGAAAUCCGCAAUAUCUCGUUACUGCGUUAGAAUACUUGGCUAUGUCCUUGCAACAAAAUGAAGUCGCAGAUGCAGCAGCCACCGCGAUGAGUAGUAUUUGUUUCAUUGCUACGGUUCGAUUAAAAGAAUACUUCAAACCAUUACUGGAAAUUCUUAGAAAUUUGCAUUCUUUCAAUUUAACCAAUGAUUCGGCUAUUGCCAUUAUUAAAGGUGUCUCGAUGGUCAUGUCACGUUUGAGUAAUGAAGAAAUAACCAUGGUCAUGAAAGAAAGCUGUUGGUUGCAAGUGAAUCCCAUGAGACAACUUGUUGAGCAUUCUGGAACAAAUCAGAUAACUUCCAGAGGAACCAAUUUCGAUCCGGCGUAUUGGCUCGAUCGACUAGCAGCAGUAUUUCGUUACACGAAUCCAGAAACCAACGGUGUCAUGCACCCGUGCACUCCUGCUUUUUCCGAAAUCCAACCGGUUCUAUUCCAAGUAAUGGAUCACUACCAGAACGACCUUAGGACAAUGGAACGAUGCUGCAGAUGUUUACGUUUCGCGAUCAGAUCCGUCGGCAAAUCGGGCAAUUUCAUAUUAGAACCUUUAAUUCGAAAAUUGGUCGUAUUGUACGGUGCGAAGAAACACAGCUGUUUCAUGUACUUGGGAUCUGUAUUAGUGGACGAGUACGGAGAAGAUAUGAGUAAUUGGGAGAUAAUACUUAGUAUGGUUGAUGCAUUCAUCGAACCAACGUUGGCUCUGCUUCAGAAUCCUAGCGGGUUAAAAGACCAUCCUGACACAAUAGACGAUUUAUUUAGAUUAUGUUCGAGAGUAUUACAAAGGUUACCAGCUGCUUUUUUACGGUCUUCGUCGAUACUUCCUGUACUAGAAUGUGGCCUCGUAGCUGUAUCGUUAGAUCACAGAGAGGCUAAUUCAUCGGUCAUGAAAUUUUUCCACGAGAUAUUCGAUUCUCGCGCCAAUCAAUCUGCAUCAGCGUUAUCGAAAAAAGAAGCAGUUCAACAGAUUUUCGAGAAAAUAGGCGAAUCGUUGAUAAUGAAUUUGAUACACGCGAGUAUUUUCAUUUUACGAUCUAGUUUGAUUUACGAUGUCUCCGAAGUUAUCUUUGAUCUCAUACAGUUUAAUUCUAAGGUUGUGUUGAGUUGGAUGGAGUCCAGCAUACAGAAAUUACCUAAACACGAUUCUUCCGGUGGUCUUAUGGCGUCAAACGAACAAAUUCAAAUAUUUUUAAAUAAAUGUGAAAAAGCAAUAGACCCGAAGGAAGUAUCAAGAGCACUGAAACACUUUACGCACUAUUACAGAUAAUCAAUACGAUAUUUCGAUUACAUAUACUCGUCUCAACAGGUUCAAUUGCAAUACAUUAUGCCAGUGAUUCUUUUGGAGAAGAGCAUCGUAAGAAUUGAUCGAUUCCACUUUGCUUUUCCAACGUUCGGAAUCUUUUCCUUUGACUACUCCUUUGAAGGCAAAUACUUUAUGUUCUUCGAUAAUGUUGUCUUGAAGUAUGAUUCAAAGGAAUUGACAAAUUCGUGGGGAAAGAAUCGUUUGGAAUCAUCGUAAAAGAUUCCUGCACUUUGUAACGAUGCUGCAUCAAUAGGGAGGGUUUUGGUUUUGGGAGACGGGAUCGCAAAAUGAUUGCCUCGAUCGUGGGCUUUUCUCAAAUUUGCGAGUUCUACGGGAGUAGUUUGACAAAAAAUUAUUAUUCACCCCCCGAAAGGAGCAUAUUUUAUCAGUUAUAUAAUGUGUUUGUUUUUUUGUUUAGAAUUUGAUCACCAUGUAACUUAGAGUAAUUUCACAGAAUACCUACAAUUUUUUUUCUCGUGUUCGUACGGUCAUUUUUGUUUUUCGUUAAUAUACGCUUAUUAAUUUUACGCUGAUGAUUUUAGAUUUUAACGAUUUUAAUUUUUAAAAGUAUAUUUUGUGAAAAUGAACUAUUGAUGAACGAAUAUUUUAAUUUAUUGUAUAUGUUUUUGUACCUAAUGGACUAUCCCUUUCCCCUUCCAAAUGAAAUAAAUUGUACGUUAUUGUGA